UCGGCCACGCCCCCCGGAAGUGUCGCUCCGGCUGCAGCGACCGGCGGAGGGUCCGCGCCCCCCUCUCCCGAUGCCUCUCGGCCUCCCCCGCCGGAAGAAGCCUCCUCCGCUGGUGGACAACGAGGAGGAGGCCUCUGGCGGUUCCAGUUCCGGUGUUCCCGAUGCUUCCGGUUCCGGGUCGGCUGUUUCCGGUUCCGGGUCGGCUGUUUCCGGUUCCGGGUCGGCUGUUUCCGGUUCCGGGGCGCUCCGGCCCCGCCUGGUGUUCCACACGCAGUUGGCUCACGGGAGCCCCACGGGACGAGUGGAAGGAUUCGGGAGCGUCCGGGAGCUGUACGGGAAGAUAGCGGCGGCCUUUGACAUACCGACCUGUGAGGUGAUGUUCUGCACCCUCAACACACACAAGGUGGACAUGGAGCGGCUCCUGGGGGGGCAGAUCGGCCUCGAGGACUUCAUCUUCGCGCACACUCGGGGCCGGCGCAAGCGCGUCGAGGUCUUCAAGGCUGAGGAUGCUCUAGGGCUGACCAUAACUGACAAUGGGGCUGGAUAUGCGUUCAUCAAGCGCAUCCGCGAGGGCAGUGUCAUCUCCCGCAUCCCAACCAUCGGCGUCGGGGACGUGAUCGAGGCCAUCGACGGCCGCAGCCUGGUGGGCGCCAGGCACUUCGAGGUGGCCAAAGUGCUCAAGGAGCUGCCGCGGGGCCGGAGCUUCGCCAUGCACCUGCUGGAGCCGCGCAGGGCGUUCGACAUGAUCGCCCCAAGGUCCGGGGGGGCGGGGGGGGGCACCCCCAUGGGCUCCGGUCGGGGCACCCUGCGCCUGCGUGCCCACGGCCCCCCCACCCUCGAGGAGCAGCCCUCAGCCUUCGAGGAGCUUGCAGUGACCAAGGUGGAUGAUUUGCUGGAGAGUUACAUGGGCAUCCGGGACAGUGAACUGGCCGCCACCAUGGUGGAGCUGGGCCGGGAUGCUGCAGAUCCGGAUGCUCUGGCUCAGGCUCUGGAUUCCCAGCUCGGGGACUUUGCCUUCCCCGACGAGUUCGUGUUCGACGUGUGGGGUGCGAUCGGUGACGCCAAAGUGGGGCGAGGAUGAGCCCCCCCCCCCCCAUGGAUAUGGGACCCCCCCAUGGAUAUGGGACCCCCCCAUAGAGACCACUACAAACCCCCAUAAUUGGGCCCCUGUAUAAGCUGGACCCCCCUAUAACUGCUGGAGAUGGGUGCCCCCCCCAUGACCCCCCCCAUGACCCCCUUCCUAGUGGAUGCUUCCAACCAUGGCCCCCCCCAAACU